AUGUCCAUGCAAAAGGCUUGGACUUUGGGCUGUGGCGGCACGCCUUUCAAGAACAUAUUGACCGGCACAAGGAGGUGGCGCAUACGCCCUUACGACAACAGGGACUAUGCAGCCGUUGUCGAGGUCCAGACGGAAAGCUUUCACAUCACAAACCCCGUGCCCUUCUUGAACCAGCUGAUCUAUACCAACUUCCGUGCUGAGGUGGUCGACGCGCUGCGGCAAAAGACCAAAUAUAGCGACCCUGGCCGCUUUCAGCUGCUUGUGGCGGAGGAGUCGCUGCUGCCGGGGCGGCCGCAGCCCCACACGGCUGCUGCUGCUGCUGCUACCGUUGUUAAUACCGCUAUCGCCAGCAGCGGCGUCGAUGACAGCGGCCUGAGCAUCACUCGCAGCAGUAGUUCAAGCAGCCACAGCUAUCAUGAAGAUAGCAGUGCUUCCAGUUGUAGCGGAGCUGCGCAACUGGUCGGGUCGGUCGAGGUGUCGCUUAUGUGUGAGCGAGAGGUCCUUCGGGCACUGCCACGCAACCCGCUUGGAGAGUACGUCUACAUAAGCUCCAUGUGCGUGCGCUCCAGCCAGCGCCGCCGCGGCGUGGCGCAGGUGCUGAUGGCUGCGGCGGAAGCACAGGCGCGUCGAUGGGGGCAGCCGCGGCUGGCUCUGCACGUGUUCAAGGACAAUGCGCCCGCGGUGGAGCUCUACCGGAAAUGCGGCAUGCGAGUGAUUGGGGAGGACCCGGCAUGGAAGGCAAUGUUGGGCGGCAAAGUGCGACUUUUGAUGUACAAGGAAUUGAUAUUGGAAGGACAAGAGACGGGGGUGGAGCAGAGAUAG